GUUUGGCUGCAAGUCUGGGCUCCAGCGGGAGGGUGUAGCUCGAAGUGUCGCAGCAGGCCGACGGAGGCAGACGAUGAACGGCGCGGGCUGCAGGCAUUGGUGGAGAUCGUCGCAGGGCCGGUUCGCCGCUAUUUGCCUGCUCUCGCUGGCUACAGCGGCAGAGGCGUCGGGUGGUCCCUGCGACUCGGAGGUCUGGUCCAACUCGAAAUGCUGCAGAGAGCGAAAUGGGCUAACCAUUGGAGGAGUAACAGAGGACGUGCUGUCAGUGAUUGACUGUGACUCAUCAGUGGAGGGGACACACCUGGUCCAGCUGGACUGGCACCACUCCACCCUGUACGAGGAAAACCACAAACUCGACCGGAUUUUCCUCUUUUCUCACUGUAUCAACCCCACCAAUACCUCGCUGGCCCCAUCGAUGUCGACACUACUGUUCAGCUCGGACAGGACUCACCUCGCAUCCUCCACCACUCUCUCCUACCCAGUCGCCUCCUCGUGCACCUACUUUGGCUGCUACGGGGCAAACAGAGGGUACAACUUCUACACCUUCCAAGAGGUGUCCUGCACUGCUACUGCCAUCAGCUCUACAGCUGACAUGAUUCUUUCGACGCCUAUCAUUUAUUUGGUGGAGUCUACGAAUUUGCCUGUCUCACCCACUCUUGGUGGGGGUCAAAAACCAACACCCUCUCCCACCACCACUCAACUAGCAGUGACCUCAACAUCUUCUCAUGAGGGGGUUGGCUUGCCUAGGUCCACAGUGAUAACCAGCCAGUCUAUAGGGAAACAAACGCCAUCUUCUACCAUUCUAACUCCAACUCCCAGUGGCCCUACCUCCUCACAACGCUCAGAGACUGUGCCUUUCUGGGCCUGGGCUCUCGGCACAUCACUACUGCUGCUCGUGGCUGCUUUUGCUGCUGCCGGCAGCUACUUGUACGUGACCCAAGUCGUCAUUGGUAGGCCCAGGGAUAUCAGGAAAAACAUGAAAGACCUGUCCUGGUAUGCAGACCCAUGGACUGGCGCCAGUUCAUGUCCCAGCCGGCCGGUGUAUAAGGCACAGCAUGAAGGCACGUAGCACCACGACUUGACACAGCUCUGACUUCCAGUUUCCACCUAACAGUUAGGAGACAAUGUAGUGUGUGUGUUCCCCUAGGGAGUAAUGGAACUGUGGAGGAGGGAGCUGACAAAUAGCUCUUCCUUCUUCAUUUUCCUAUUUGCACAUGUACAUUUGAUCCACUGUACAGCACAUCUCACAGGGCAAUCUCCUCAAAGACUUGGACAAACUCUCCCUCCACUCGGUUCACACACAGUACAACUGCAUUUUCCUGGACCCGCAACAGGCCGAGAGUCUCGAUGGACAUGUAUCUAACCAUUCCCCAGAGCCCCCUACUUUACUAUCACCUCCACCAGGGCAGGAAGAUGUCAACACCGAGUCAUCCACCAAGAUUGCUAACAGCAGUAGCCAGACUACUAGUAGCAGUGGUGUGAGCAGUUGUGACACUGAUUUCACCACCACCAGCUACAGUGGUGACGGUAAUGGUGCCUCCACCCAGUCCUACAUCACGUACGGCUCCCUCUGCACUCUGCAGGCCAGGUCACCGACCGAUGACUCCAAUGAAGCCUCCCACAUCUUCCCCAGCUAACAGCCUUACCAAUCCAGCUACCACAACUUUCACUAUACAUGGACAUUUAUACUUCAUCUAUACACAGGCAUUACCUUUACUGUGACUUUACUUAGACCGACCCCAAAUCAGCUGUUUUACGAUCUUUUAAUUGUGCUCAAUGAGGCUUGUACGAUUGAUUACAUGGACCAUUGAACAGCACCUGUUUUUCAUAUUUUAAUUGACACACAAUUUUUCCCCCUUAAAAUACAAUCAUCUCUGAAUGUCAUUCACUUACCAGUU